AUGGCGGAAGAUCAGAAAGAGCAUAAAAUAUCAACUACUUUGAACAGUGAUGAGAAGAAGAUCAUUCGUAGGGAAGUUGAAAAGCAAAGGAGGAUGCAAAUGUCUAUUUUGUGUUCAUCACUUCGUUCUUCACUUCCUAUUCACCUCAUCAAGGGAAAGCGUUCAGUAUCAGAUCACAUAGGCGAAGCUGCAAAUUAUGUUCAAAUUUUGAAGGAGAAGGUUAAAGAACUCGAAAUAAAGAGGGAUAAGCUCAAAGAAAUUAUUAGCUCUAGUAUGGUUGAAACUGGAAAUGAGUUACCUGCAGAUCCUUCAAGUUUAGUGAAGUGUGUCAACAUUAAUCUAAUUCCAGAUGGGGUGGAAAUUGUUAUAUGUAGUGGUUUCGAGGAUUGCCGUAUGCGUUUAUCGGAUUUAAUGAAAAUAAUAGUACUUGAAGAAGGAUGUGAUGUUGUUCACUGUGUUACCAACCAAGUCAAUGGAAAGAUAUUUCAUACUAUUAAGUCAGAGGUGGAAGACUCGACACACUUUGAUCUUGGUAGGCUGCAAAACAAACUGGUGCAUGCAAUCUUAUUGGCAAGGUAG